AUGAGACAGCUCGAAGCCCUGGUCGUCCGAUCAGAAGCUGUGGUCAACUACCGCCCACUCAUCAGUCCUGGUUCCAACGCAGCCAUUUUGCGCCCGAUUGACUUCCUGUUACCAGCUGGCACAAAGUCCUUGGAGCCUCCGUCGACGGAACACUAUCCAGACGAUCCUGAAUGGGUACCGCAAGAUCGGCUUGAGCAGCGUCUUCAAAGGCUCAAAGGGCUACAAGAGAAGAACUUGGAUAAGUUCUGGACCAUUUGGAAGACAGCCUAUCUGCAGUCUAUCGCCACAAACGAACAUCAAGCUAGCAACACCAAAACCCAACGAACCACCCCUAGAAUCGGAGAGACUGUGCUCAUUCAUGACGACACCCAGCCCCGCUCCAAUUGGAAGUACGGUACAGUAAAGUCUUGUCAGCCCGAUCGCGACGGAGUUCACCGAGUGGCCACAAUCGCCUUACCAGACGGAAAGGAAUUACAACGCGCCUUGCCGCACCUGUAUCCGUUGGAAAUACGCCCGCCACCAAAACAAGAAACAGACGAGGCUUCUGACACCGAAGACGAUGUCCAACCCGCAUCCGCACAUACGUCUUCAGGCACUGCCCAAACCGGCCAACCCGCACCUCUGGUGCCUUCUACAGAACCAGCCAGUCCUCCAGAUGACGUCAGUGCGCGGCCCCAGCGCGCAGCUCGCCGCAGCGCCAAAAACAACAUCAAACAAUGGGCUGCGCUGUUGUUGACAAUUGUAACGCUUAGCGGAUGCAUAUCAAUAGCACAGGGACAAUCGCCUUUUGUCUGCGCACACGGCGGGAAAACGGUCAUCUGGACCCCGCCACCAAUUAUACCAGACUGCCAAGAAAUCACCAACAAGAAGAUGAUUCCUGCAACGGCGAAACUGUUCGAGCACAACAGAGCUACAUUUACCACAAAGGCCACACGAUGUCGAAUACAUCACGACCGGUUUGAGCUCUGGACAGAUCCCAACGGCCGACAACGUUCGGAAGCGAGAAGAAUCGCGCCAGAAACGCCGAUAACCACCACGGAAUGCCGGCAAAUGGAAGCUCAAGGGACAUGCAGAUAUGGCUCCCUUCAACAACGAGGGUCAAUCUGGAAGACCGCUGAAGAACUAAGCAAUGACGAAUUUCCUGGACGGUUCUACAGCCUGUUUUCGGCUAAAAUCAUCGAGACAAAGAACUGCAUUCUCGACCAUCUCAAUGUCUACGCGACGCACCGAAAUGUAACACCAUUUGCGACCGAUGCCGAGCUGAAGGAUUGCAGCUAUGGAAAUGGAAAAUGCAGAAUCAGCGACCAGGAAAUCCUUGUUUGGGAACCUAAUCCUCAUCAAGCUGACGAAUUCCGGUUUAUUGAAGAAAUCGAAGGAGUAACCGACAAUAAUUCUUCCUUCAACGACUUUAAGAACAGCCGACGGUUCACGUUCCAAAACAAGACGGUGCUGAUUAAUGGAAAGGAGGCAUUGCUGACCAAUCAAGGUUUCGCAAUCAUCAUAACCUCCCGACAUCAACGAGGUAUCGGUGAAGAGCGCGCGGCACGAGAACAGUACACUGAAUUUCGUGACUACCAACGAUCCGCUCGAAUGGCCUCACAUUUCUGCGAAUUGACGAAAAAAUUGGCCAAGAUCGUCAGAUCAAUGUCCGACGAAAAUCCGGUACCACUGUUAAAGAUCGCAUUCAAUACCAGUGCAGUCAAGGUACGCAAACUGGCUGACGCACUUUUCGAAGUGCAGAUAUGUACCGAAUUACCAGAUGUCAAGUUUGUACCGACCUCUGAGUGCCGUGAAUGGCCCCCAGUUGUGUCAGCCCACUUGCCAAACCACACACAGUGGGUCAUCAAACCAGGAACACUGGAAAUUGUGGAAAAACCUCAACACAUCAACAAUUGCGCAUCAAACAAGACCAUGCACUGGAACGGAAGCUUUGUCGAACUGGAUCACCAGACCGGAUUGCUGCGCCCCUUCAAGGUCCAACAACAAGCACCGCUCUUGAUAAAGAUUUUGGACGACGAAGCGAUAAUCAAGAACUGGGAACUUGCUUCGAGUGAUGUCACCAUGCGACAAAUAAUCGCCGACAUGCACAAGGCAGCGGAAGUUCAACGACAGCUGGGUCCGAUCCGCCGCUCUUCCAAUCCACAGAAGAUCGAGGACGAGGUUGAGGAAUUCCUCAUUCCUUGGUGGGUUUGGAGGACCCUCGACGCCACGUGGCGAUUUAUGGUGACGCUGGUUGUGGCCAUCAAUAUUAUUCAGUUCAUCAGAUGGGCGAGAAUGGUAUCUGCGCCACAAGUCAAAGAGCCAGACAUUGCCCAAAAACCGCGCCGCGAAAGUCCUCCGCAAAGAAGAACUCCGGAUGGUCGCCCGUUGGAUUUUUGGGGAUCGCCUUGUAAUGUUUAA